GCAUCAUGCUGAUCAGACUGUGUGACAUCUCUCUUCUUGCGCUGCGACCUAUAUAUAGUCCGCUACACCUCCUCGGUCCUCGGGGAAAGUCCCCUGCCUCAGAUCCGGUACUGUCGAAUGGUGGGCGCAGAAAUGUAUUCUAGUUCCCUCUCGUUCUUACUCGUCGCGCUUGGGGUUCAGCCAGGAUGGGGGUACGUGGCGCAAACCCCUCUGACGGGCGAAAUGUGCACGCAGACAACCGUGGCCAUCUUGGGAGGGGGGAUGGCCGGGGUGGCUGCCGCGCAAGCCCUGAAUAACGCGUCCGUCACCGACUUCAUUCUACUCGAGACUCGCGAGGCGCUUGGAGGUCGGGUAUGGCAUACGGACUUUGGAGUAGACAAAGAAGGCAACCCUUAUGUAGUGGAAUUCGGGGCCAACUGGCUACAGGGCUUGGGUUCGAUCGAUGCUAUCAAUCCUGUCUGGGCUCUAGCCCAAAAAUAUCAUCUCCACAAUACCUAUUCCAACUACAGCUCACUCCGUACCUACAACGAGACCGGAGAAUCCGACUAUCGACAUCUCCUCGAUGAAUAUGCCCGAGUCUACGAGAUUGCAGCCCGGGAGGCCGGUCGGAUCUUGAUGCAGAAUCUGCAAGACCAAACCGCCCGGACCGGAUUGGCCUUGGCUGGCUGGCGCCCUCGCAAGAAUGACAUGGCCGCCCAAGCGGUCGAGUGGUGGAACUGGGAUUGGGAGGACGCCUCCCCGCCCGAGACUAGUUCCUUUGUAUUUGGAAUGGCUGGCGAGAACCUAACCUUUAAUCAAUUCGGCAAGGCGAACCACUUUGUGACUGACCCCCGCGGGUAUAGCACUAUUAUCGAGCAGGCAGCCGCCACAGUCUUCACCGACCGUCCAGCCUCUCCGCGCCUCCGCCUCAACACCCAUGUCACCGCCAUUGACCACUCCCCCAACGGCGUCACCGUUCAUACAAGAGACGGGGACUGCAUCGAAGCCGCCUAUGCUAUCUGCACGUUUUCUCUCGGGGUGCUUCAAAAUCACGCCGUGUCGUUCCACCCGCCCCUCCCGAAAUGGAAACGAACCGCGAUCGAGAAGUUCAACAUGGGCACCUACACCAAGAUCUUCUUGCAGUUUCCGUAUACAUUCUGGCCCACCGAUACGCAGUUCUUCCUCUAUGCCUCCCCGACCACCCGCGGUUACUACCCGAUUUUCCAAGCCUUUCUGCCUGAUUCCAAUAUCCUCGUUGUCACCGUGGUCGAGGAACAGGCCUACCGCGUGGAGCGGCAAACCACCGAGCAGACGACGGCUGAGAUCUUGGAUGUGCUCCGCGAGAUGUUCCAGACCGAAAUCCCCCACCCGACGGCCGUGACGUACCCGCGCUGGUCGCAGGAGCCUUGGGCGUACGGCAGUUAUUCCAACUGGCCGGUGGGGACGACGCUGGAGAUGCAUCAGAAUCUGCGGGCGAAUGCCGGCCGGCUGUGGUUUGCGGGGGAGGCGACCAGCGCGCCGUACUUUGGAUUCCUGCAUGGGGCGUGGUUUGAGGGGCAGGAGGCGGGCGCGCAUGUGGCGGCCUUGCUGCAGGAUCGGUGCAUAUCGCUGCGGGAGGGAGAGGAGACAUGCGGGGAGCGGACGCACUACGAGCCCUUGAAUGGGACGACGCCGCUUGAGGCGUAUAGUACGGUCAAUGGGUGGCCGUUGAGUAGUACUGAUUGGUAGGAUGCGGGGAAUAGACGGUGCCGGCCGUUCCCAGGAAUUUGAUUACUGGUGCUGGGAGGGUACGGGGGGAGCAUUUGUCGAAU